CCAUCAUAAUUUCAUGGCAAAUACUCCCCUCUGUUUCGAGUAUAUUCCCGCCAGACAAUCAAAUAUAUAAAACUUUACUCGAUUGGUUCAAAAGAGUGAAUAAUCACGAUAUCAGCCAAUCAUGAUGAGUGUUCUUUAGUAGCUGGGUGGGUGCCCAAAAUGGCGUCUGGUAUAAAUACAAAGUGCCACCAAACUUUCUUUUUUCCGCAUUGAUGCCUUCCUGGUGAGGGUCUAAAGCGGAGCAUGGGUGGGUAGGCGAGCCUCUCGGCCGGUUUAGAUUGGUAAAAACCCGGCGUGUGUGGAUGGAUGGCGGACUAGGAGCGAAGGAAGGUCCAUUUUGUGGAGAAAUUCGUCUGCUGCAAAUGUUUCAGCUGAGAUUUUGUGGUGUUGUUUCCUUGAUCUCUGAUCUGGUCUGAUCCGAUCUAAUCCGCGGUGCCAAGGAAACGGAUUAUAAAGGCUUAUUCGGUCGCUGAGGGGUAACGUUGUCGUCAUGGCUACCAGACUGGACCGACUGUUCACACUGCUGGACACGGGUUCGACUCCCGUCAUCAGGAAAUCUGCAGCGCUGCAGAUUGGACAGGUGCAGAAGCUGCACCCUCACGAGCUGCACAACCUGCUGGCUAAGGUACUGACCUUCCUGCGCAGCGACAACUGGGACACCAGGAUCGCCGCGGGGCAGGCCAUUGAGGCUAUCGCCAGGAACGUACCACUGUGGGAACCAAGAGGGGUGCUCAAGAAGGAAGAAGACCCAGCAGAAGGCAGGUCCACACCUGUGAGGGACCGUAGUGACAAGCUGGAGUUCACCAAGUUCGACAUCACACGAGUGCUACAGAAGGGGUCUGCACUGCUGGGGUCUGCAGGCACUGAGUUUGACUUGGACGAAAAUGAACUUGCAGCCAUGGAUCCUAAGGAGCGCCUGGCCUAUCAGAAGAAGCAGAUCCACAAGCGGCUGGGUCUGGACGUGGCGGGCGCGGUGGGUGUGGACACUCAGCAGUUCUUCCAGGACGAGGACCUGGUGAUGAGGCCGGAACUCAACAGUCAUGUACAGAAACAACAUCAAACACAGAUGUCUGCAGCUGAUGCAGUAGCACAUGAGAUGGCGGUGGUGAAACCUGGCAUGAGCGCACGGGAGAAAAACCGCGCCAAGAGGAAAGCCAAGUCCCUCGCCAAGCAGAGGUCAAAGGACAUCCAAGAGGGUGUACCUGACCUCAGUUCCAACUCACACAGCCAGGGGGACGAGCCUGAUCCCAAGCGGAAGAGAACCACGGCCGUGCUGGUGGACCAGCCAGCAGACGCAGACAGGGUCGUCAUGGACCAAGUACUGGACAGCAGCGUCAUGUUUGAGGAGUCAGAAGACUGGCCCUUCGAGUCCUUCUGCGAGGUGCUGCUCAAUGACUUGUUCAGCCCCAGUUGGGAGGUGAGACACGGGGCAGGAACAGGACUCAGGGAGAUUGUGAAGACUCAUGGGAAGGGUGCGGGGAGGACAGCAGACACACCUGCUGACCAGCUGGACAGCAGUAAUCAGCAGUGGUUGGAAGACGUGGCCCUGAGGCUGCUCUGUGUCUUCUCUCUGGACAGGUUCGGAGAUUUUGUGUCAGACGAGGUUGUUGCCCCCGUGAGGGAAACCUGUGCCCAAACUCUGGGGGCCGUGCUGCAUCACAUGACCUCUGAGGGUGUGAAGGGGGUUCUGGGGAUCCUGAUGCAGCUGCUGGAGCAGCCCCAGUGGGAGGUUCGGCAUGGGGGGCUCCUGGGGCUCAAGUAUCUGCUGGCAGUCAGAAAGGAACUAGUAGAGGCCGCUCUUCCCACCAUCGUGCCUGCGAUCGUUCAGGGUCUCCAGGACAGUGUUGAUGAUGUGGUUGCCGUGGCAGCAGCCAGUAUUGUCCCCGUGGUCGACUCUCUGGUCAAAAUACUCCCGCAGCAGGUUCCCAGUAUUGUGAAGAUCCUGUGGGAUGCCCUGUUGGAGUUGGAUGACCUGACAGCCUCCACAAACAGCAUCAUGCUGUUACUUGCCUCCCUGCUGACCUACCCUGGGGUGACAGCACAGACCAGUUGUGGUUCUGUGUUGACGACGUUGGUUCCCCGUCUCUGGCCGUUCCUGCACCACACCAUCCCCUCUGUCAGGAAAGCUUCCCUGGAGACCAUCCACACACUGUUAGUCUCUGACAGCACACAGGCCCCCUGCUCUGAUUGGCUGCCGCCGCUGCUGCAGGAUGCCCUGCGACACGUGUACCAACGCAGCAUCACGGAGACCAAGGAUGACAUCCUGGACAUCAUCCAGAAGGUCUGGCUAAGGCUACUGGAGAAGGCCCCACUGGAGUACCUGGUAGCAGCGGCCUGCCCCUGGCUCAGUGCCUGGUUGUGCCUGGCCAUGCAGCCGGCUCAGGUGCAGAUUGACUCCACCAUGCUGGUAGACAGCCGUAUGAAGGGGAAGGAGAGAGGACCGUCCACUCCAAGGAGUCGAACAGCCCCCAUCAUCAAGGAGGUUCUGGAAUAUAUUGGAGGGGCGGAGUCAGUUACCAUGGAUACCCCACAGUCCAGGGACCACUGUGUCAUCAAAGCACGACUCACUGCUGUCAGGUUGCUGGGCUGCCUGUCAUCCUACAUUGGUCAACCGCUGCCCACUUUACAGCCGGGUGAGACAGCACCAGUGGACAGCCUGGGACAGCUGCUAUGCUUCCAUCUGAGUGGGAAGUCUGCUGUCCAGCGAAUGGUGGCAGCUCUGGUGGUUAGGAACUGGGCCCAGUUUCAACAGCAGCAUACCCAGGACAGUUGCUGUCCGCAGCCUGUGAGACAGCGCUUACAGGAGGUGCUGACUGAGAACUUGUACUAUGACGAGAUCACCACACAGUUCACCACCAUGCAGACUGAGUGCAGGGCGUUCCUGACAGCACUCCAGUCCUGUGGCUGUCCUGUAGACCCCAUCACCAGACAGGGAGGUUUACUGACUGUAGAGCAGGCCUCAGCCCUGGCCAGGACCUCCUGUAGUCAGACUGUCAUGCCAAGUCAGAUGCAGAGGCUGGAGGGUCAGCGGUCGGCGCUGCAGGCGGCAGUCCAGGAGACGAGUGUAGAACAUGGCGUACACCAGCUGCGUGUGCAGGGCAGCGUGGCCAGCGCUCUCGUGUCCCUCCAACUCCUACCCGACAAACUCAACCCUGUCAUACGUCCCCUCAUGGACACCCUCAAGAGGGAGGAGAACUCACUGUUACAGGAGUCUGCUGCUAAAAGUCUUGCCAUGCUGCUAGAACAGACCAUGACCAGGAGACCCUGUCCCAACCCCAAAAUCACCAAGAACCUGCGAGGGUUCGCCUGCGCUGACUGUGUACUGACACCACUGGUCACUCAGCCUUUACAACCUAUCAGGGAACCAGCCUCCAGACCGGCCAGCCCGGUAUGUGGCUCCCCCGCAGCCACCCCCUCCCCGUCAGGCAGGGGUACCCCCCCUGUGUUCCCCCCCGGCACAGAGGGGGUGUCCAAGACCUCAGGGAUCCUGACGCUGGUGCGGCAGCAGAGAGAAGCCGCCAUUGCGACGGCCAGCAGGCGGGGAGGGAGGGGCAGGAAGAACCCGGGGGUGAAGGUCGACAUGGAGGCCAUACUGGCCGAGGAGGAUGAGGUUCAGAAGCAGGCUGCAGUGCAGGUCCGCGGUGCAGGGCUGGCGCUGACACAGAUCGCCCGGCACUUCAGCGCUGACCUGACAACGGCCCUGCCGGCCCUGUGGGAGGCCACGGUGGGGGCAUUGUCCUCAGCUAACCUCCCUCCUGAUGCAGACUCAGCCCAUGAUGGCCCUGCACAGGACCUGGUGAAUGCACUACAGGUGGUGGAAGUCAUGGGUCCGGCCUUACACCAACAACUCCAUACACAGCUGGUGCAGACCUUACCUCAGCUGUGCACCUGUCUGCACCACCCAUACACUGCCGUCAGACACAUGGCAGCCAGGGUUCUGGGCAUGCUCAGUACGGUGGUUACCGUGGAGACCAUGAACAUGGUGCUGGGUCAUGUGAUCCCCAUGCUGGGUGCGUCGGAUCAGGUUUGGAGGGAGGGAGCCAUGGAGGCACUCAGCUACAUUGUUGAGAAGCUUGGUGUGGUGAUGAUUCCAUACAUCGUGCUGCUGGUGGUCCCGGUACUCGGCAGGAUGAGUGAUCAAACCGAGUGUGUCAGGCUCCUGGCCACGCAGUGUUUUGCCACACUAGUCAGGCUCAUGCCACUAGAGGCUGGGAUCCCGAACCCUCCAAACAUGUCUGCUGACCUGAUUGAGAAGAAAGCCCAGGAGAGGAGGUUCCUGGAGCAGCUGCUGGAUAACUCCAAGGUGGAGAAGUACGUGGUGCCGGUCCCCAUCCAGGCAGAGCUCAGGAAGUACCAACAGGAUGGUGUGAACUGGUUGGCUUUCCUGAACAAGUACAAACUGCACGGCAUCCUGUGUGAUGACAUGGGGCUGGGCAAGACUCUACAGUCCCUGUGUAUAGUGGCAGGGGACCACUACCAUAGGGCAGCAGAGUAUAGGAAGUCUCGUCACGCUGACUGUGCCCCCCUCCCCUCCAUCGUGGUGUGCCCCCCCACCCUGACGGGACACUGGGUGUACGAGGUGGAGAAGUUUGUGUCCUUGGAACACCUGAACCCCCUGCACUAUACAGGACCCCCCGCUGAGAGGAACAGGUUAAGGAGCCGUGUGAAGAAGCACAACCUUGUGGUGGUGUCUUACGACAUUGUCAGGAAUGACAUUGACUUCUUCAGAACCAUACAGUGGAACUACUGCAUUCUGGAUGAAGGACACAUCAUCAAGAAUGGAAAAACUAAGAUUUCUAAAGCAGUAAAGCAGUUACAGGCCGACCACAGACUGAUUCUGUCUGGCACACCCAUCCAGAACAACGUACUGGAGCUGUGGUCGUUGUUUGACUUCCUCAUGCCGGGAUUUCUGGGUACUGAGAAACAGUUCAUGGCCAAAUAUGGCAAACCCAUCCUGCAGUCUCGGGAUGCCAAGAGCUCCUCCAAGGAGCAGGAAGCAGGUGCCCUGGCUAUGGAGGCGCUCCACCGACAGGUUCUGCCCUUCCUCCUCAGGAGAAUGAAGGAAGACGUCUUACAAGAUCUGCCUCCCAAGAUCAUCCAGGACUACUACUGUGAGCUCAGCCAACUACAGGUUCAGCUAUACGAAGACUUCGCCAAGUCUCAGGCCAGGAAGGGUGUUGAGAAUUCCAUCACCAUGGCAGCGGCAGACGAGGAGGAGAAGCCGAAACGAACAACCCACAUUUUUCAGGCUUUGCAGUACCUUCAGAAGGUGUGCAACCACCCCAAACUGGUGUUGACCUGCAGUCACCCCGAGUUCCAACAGGUGGCGCUGCAGCUCAAGGCACAGCAGUCCUCCCUUUCAGACAUUCAACACUCCGCAAAACUGACAGCCCUCAGACAACUCCUACUGGACUGUGGAAUUGGCGUUCCCGACAGUGGACAGACAGCAGACCUCCUGUCAGACUCGGUGGUUGGGCAGCACAGAGCGCUGGUCUUCUGCCAACUCAAGAGCAUGCUGGACAUCCUGGAGAAGGACCUACUCAAAGCCCACAUGCCCAGCGUAACGUACCUCAGGUUGGACGGUUCCAUUCCUGCAGGAGCCAGACAUUCCAUUGUCAACAGGUUUAACAACGACCCAUCCAUCGACCUGCUGCUGCUGACGACCCACGUGGGUGGGUUGGGGCUGAACCUGACUGGUGCUGACACUGUCAUCUUUGUGGAACACGACUGGAACCCCAUGAGGGACCUCCAGGCAAUGGACCGUGCCCACCGGCUGGGACAGAAGAAGGUGGUGAACGUGUACAGACUUGUCACUCAGGGAACUCUGGAGGAGAAGAUCAUGGGGCUGCAGAAGUUCAAGUUGAACAUCGCCAACACCGUGAUCUCCCAGGAGAACUCCAGCCUGCAGUCCAUGGGCACCGACCAGCUCCUCGGCCUCUUCACUCUGGACGACAGGAAGGAGAGAGAGGAGGGAGGGAGGACAGCGGGGAAGGUGCAGGGACGUGCUGAGAGUGUGAAGGGUGUGUUGGAGGGACUUGGUGAGCUGUGGGACCAAGCACAGUAUGAAACAGAAUACGACCUGGGCAACUUUGUCCAGUCUCUAACCUGAGGCUCCAACUGGACAAUGUGCAGUGCUUUUUUGGCAACAGUUGGCAAAGUACAAGUCAGAAUAUGAUCAAGGCCACUUAAUUUGCAAGGGCUCUAGAGAUGUGAUUACUGAACACUGUGCAGUAGUUUUUGGCAACACUUCAGAAAUGGUCACCUAGAUUUAGACAGAGUAUAGUCUGGGCAACACAAAUAAUAUCUGGAAACUGUGCAGUAUCUUUUAGGUGACACCUUUAGGGUGUAGAUGUUUGGAGUUUUUUUUUUCAUCCACACAGGAGAGUUGUCACCCAGGUUAGUGCAGUAGAAAACGUGAUUAUGAUCUGGGCAACAUUGUGCAGUACUUUUUGGCAACACCUACAAUGUAUGUGGUAGUGCAGUUUUGCAAUGCAAAAAGAAACCUUGCAUAAGGGCCAAAAUCAUAUUACAAUGUAUCAGAUAGUACAGAUACUGAUAUAUGAUAAAACAGGAUGACCCCAUUUAUCUAGGUGUGGCCUACACUUCAGUAUACAGUGUAGUUUUAGUCAGGAACUCUCAGCAGUACUGCUGACUCAGCAAAUUUAGGGCUAUAUCUUUUGUGUGUACAAAAGGGCUUCAUACAUGUAACGAUACAUGUCACCUUAUGUACAUUGUACUUUUUGGGGAAAACUGUGCAAGAAGUUUGUACAUGUACAAUGUAUGUUAGGGCCACACUUACAAGGUGGUUGAAGUGUAAAUAUUGUCAUUUUAUAGGGUCAGAUGUAUCACAAUACAGCAAACUUACUAUACUUGAUAUACUGUACUGUUAGUAUUAAGACAUUGUACAAAAGGCACUUUUGAAGUAUAGAGUGUAUAGCCCCCAACAGGGCCUUCCCAAGUUAUGGCUUUUGGAAAAUAGGGUGAAUAAUUUGCCAGACGAGUAACUGCAAUUGCCAAAUCAAACUUGUAUGGUGGCCAAACUUCCCAAGAUAGGCAUAUCAUAAUUAUGAAUUCUCCCCUUUUGGAUAAAUUUUCAAUUUUUGGGCCAGCAUUGUUAGUCUGGUGGAGACUAUAAUAUUAAACUUAAUAUUACAUGUAUCCUUUGUUGGUGCUGCAUAAUUUUCUAUGUGGAGCUCACCCAGGGAUUAACCUAGUAUAUGAUCAUAGCUUCCACCAACAGAAUUUAGAAACUCCUCCAUCCAACAUGAAAAUCAAGGAAACUUUGAUUGUCUUCAAGUUGAUGGAAGCCAAGUGUUGUCAAGUUUUGUUUGUAACACCACAAUUCUAUUAUUAUCAUAAAAGAUGUUGGGAACAACUAUGGAAUGAAACUCCUGUUGUUAUCUUUAUGGCUAUUAUGCUGAUACUUUGAUAGAUAUGUAUUUAAUACUUUUUCUUCACCUCAAUGAAGUUUUUAGCUUGUCUCUGUGUUCCUUUAAUUCCAAACCCACACAGACAAAUGACGAGACAACAAAUUAAACUUACUCUACAAGGAUUUUAAUAGCUUUUUAUAGAUGGAUGCUGUCAUGCGCCUAUGUCUGAAACAGCCUAUGUCAAAUCCUGGAUAUGAUUACAUAGUGUACAUAAUAUGCUCAUAAGAAUACAUUUCAGAUCGCUGAUAGUUACACUGUGAUGUAACUAAGAAAUCUUUAGGAUAACACCAUUGAAUCUCAAAUAACUCAAAUCAAAAUAUAUGAUCACUGGCAGUAGAUCAACUGAAAUUCUAUCCUGACAGUUCUGCAUAUAAUAGAGCUUUCCCAACUAGUCCAUUCAUAUAUGUUGCAUUGGGUGAGAAAUUUUUACAAGGAUGGCAGCCCUGUGUCAAGAAAUACAUACAUGUAAGUGAUGCACAGGCAAUUAACAGGGAAGGUGAACAGCAACAAAAAAGGAACACAAAAAAUACCCUUCUUGGACUUAGCUUAGAUGCAUUUCAAGAAAUUCUGAAUAAAUUUGCCAGUGACUGUGUCAGUAAUAAUAACAUGUCCAUCUAUUGCAGCAGUGAAGGUAUCUGUAUUACUAAGUAUGAUUUUACAGCAAGUCAUGAAAGUGGGCAUAGAAUUGCAUUUUCCUGUUCAAAACUGCAGCAUUCAAUGUCAGUCUUCAAGGGGCAGGAGUGGGGGAGGAAGGGGGUUAUCAUCUUGGGAUUGGAAAGCAUGUUGUCCAGCUGGCAAAACAUAACCAGGUCAUACUGAUCAAGUUACAACUUUUACAAGAGAAAAGUAAGAUUCUUUCUAAUAUAAUACACAGAUGGCAACACUAAAUUACUUCAGUGGUUUUCCUACAUCAUCAGCUUAUUACAAUUAACAAGAACAUACGUUUUAUGCAUUGAACAUAAAAGUUAGAGUAAUACAGUACAGAAACUCUAACAUGACCCCUGACUGGGCUCACCUCUGAACCCUGACCAGGCUAUGACCCCUAACCCCAUCUUACAGUGAACACGGAUAUAUUACAGUUCAUUUGCAUAGCCCUAAGGGAGACUUAAAGUGUACAGAAAAACGAAACAUACCCUAAAUUACAUGUACAUGUAUUCCACAACAAUGUUAUAUGUAAUGAUUAAUAAUUAAGUUAAUGUACCCAUAAUACAUCAUGAAAAAAGCUGCUAUGCUGUGUAAAAUCCAAUUCCCCUCACAUUUGAACUGUUUCUAUGUAGCCAGCACAUGGAUACAAAACGUCAGUCAGGCUAUGGGCCAAGUCAUAUGUGGUGUCCUGUGCUGUCACUUGAUUCAAAACAGCAGUGAUGUUACAAAAAACAAACUUGGAGAUGGUGUGUCACCGGCAGUUACAAUUUGAAUGAUGUAGCACUGGUGAUUGACAGAAUCCUUCCAGCACUAUUUUGCCCUGUUUGAAUUGUAUAUUAACAACAUCAACCAAGUCUAAGUUAGAGCUAUUGUCAUAACAGGUGACAACUCUUUUCAUCACCAGCCAAACAAUUAAAUGUUUUCAUCAUGCCAUUAUGAUUCUCUUCCUGAAUAGGGCAGGGACAGCAGCUUCUAGUGGUCAGUCCGUAUUAACUAUAGGUCACUGUUUUGAAAGACAUUAAUGAUUCAAUCCCUCUAUUUCCUAAACAGCAAGGCACACAGUGCUCUCUUCAGUAAAAUUGACCUACAUGUAGCAGAGGAUAAGAGUUUUAGAAUCUUCCAAACCACUCAAGAUGUGUCUUCCAUUCCACAAACUGGCAAAUAGGAAAAUCUUAUUUAAGAAAGAAGCAGGAUAGGGCAUUGGAACCCAGAAAUGACUUACUUUCAGUACCUGCUUUCAGUUUGGGAGCGUGCAUGACACAAUGCAGUGUGUGUAUACAAUAAUGUGGAAUGCAUACAUGUCUAUGCCACUGUGUAUGCAUGGGUACAGUAUAGCAUUUGAUCACAUUCGUAAGAAACAUGCAAUUUGAUCCUUUCCAUAGUCUUAGCUUCAAACUAUCAUGCCAGAACAAUGAGUACAACUAACACCAGGAUUUUUUUAGUCACUGACUAGAACCUAUAAAAUUCCACAUGAUUUUGCUAAGUGAACCUGAAUGUCAGGAAUAUCGAAGAAGAUUUUACGCGAUAAAAUUCAUAAAAUUGUGAAACUUAGAUGUUAUUGAUUUUGAUUUGCAAACAGCACAAAGUGAAUGUCCUUAAAACUGCAGAUUGAUCCUCUGUUUUUAUAAGUCUGUGUAACCAUGCAAGGUUUACAAGUAAAAUAUUUCUGAACAAAAACUAGCACUUGAAUCAUUUUCCACACUUUUUUGUCAAGGAAAAGAAUCAAAAGUUUGAACCUGCGCCAACCUUUCAAAGACCUGAAAUGUAUACUAUAUAACAUGUCCUCUGGACUAGUCCAUUUCAAUAGAGGAGGAGACGGCCAGACAUUUCCUGAUCUGAAAUUGAUUCCAUACCAUGCCCCCUAAACUCCAUUCUAAUUUGUACAAAAUGCUCUUCUUUAAACACAUGAAAAAUCCAGGUUUUUCACCCUUUUGAAAUGAGUGAGCCCUCUUUUAAUGAAACUAAAGCUACGUGUACCUGUUAUAAUGAUGAUGUCUUUAGUAUAUCACUUUUACUAAACAUUUGAACAGAAAAUUCUACAGAUAAGUCAUGGCUAUUCUAACCAUGUAAACUUUAAGAAAUACAAUCAUCAAAAAAAAA